UGCUCAAGUUGUGUAUACUGAUUUCCCUUACCAAACGCCACCUCAACACCUGCUGUGGAGCAGCAGGCAUGCGCAGUCGCCACAACGAACUGGCGUGGCUAUGGCUGGGACCAACGUUGUGCUGACCGCUGGGACCAUGGUUGUCACAGUACUCAUCUGCUUCCUGAAAGUUCAGCUCUGGCGUACCCAGCCUUCACACAAGGAGGACACACUUGAGAGAGAGUUCCGCAACUGCACCAAAAUCUUUCUGGACCUCGGUGCAAAUCGGGGCACCCACAUUCGCAAGCUGUUCGAGCCAGAGAAGUAUCCCGAUGCCAAGUACCUGCAGAUCUUCGACCGACUCUUCGGGCCUCCAACCUUCCGGCAGCAGCCGUCCAAGGUGACGGGGCUUUGCGCCAUUGGAUUUGAAGCCAAUCCAAGGUGGCGCGACACCUUCAGCAGCAUCGAGCGGGCCUAUCGUGAUAAGGGCUGGCACGUGAUUUUCUACCGUGUCGCAGUCUCCAAUCGUACAGGAAAGGCCGUAUUUUACAAGAAUGACUUCAACGGCUCGAACAGUGGCUGGGGGUUCAGUCGGCACAAGCACAACCGGGAGCGAGGCCGCCAGCACUGGAUGCAAGGCGCCCCUCCCGUGUUGGUACCGAUCCGGGACUUCGGGGUCUUUCUUCAGCAGCUAAAUGCUACGGCGCCUAGUGGCACGCGGCUGAUGAAGAUGGACAUUGAGGGUAGCGAGUACGAUGUCAUGCUCGAGCUGCUUGAGAAUGGCCAGCUUUGCAAGCACACGUUGGACAUGAUCACAAUUGAAUGGCACCCGUGGCUCUUCAGAGACAGGCGUGAAGUCUUGGCUCAGGACAGCUUUUUGCGACGAACCAUUCAGGAGUCCCGUGCCUGUGCGAGCGGACCGCAGGCGGACAUCUGGGACUUUGAUGACGAGUCCUACCUCGGCGAUGGCCAGCCACUGCCACGGCCACGCCUUUGAGCCAAGAAGAUUGGCAAUCUGCAUCGGCAAGUCCGGCCAGCACCACCAGCAGGGCGACAUGUGGCAAGCCUGAAAGAGAACAAGUGCGCAUGGUGGGGUGAUUCAGCUCCUUCUUGGCCUUGAACACGUGGCGAGAUUGCGGAGGUUCCAGAAAUCACAAAAGGCGCUGACCUAGGAGCGCUUGGAAAGCCGA